UAAUCAAACAUGGCUGCUCGAGAAUCUGGUAGAAUAAAAGAUGCAUAUCAGAAAAGAAUGCUCGAUGAAGCUGCUCGUAAGCGCAGACAGAAGAAGGCAUUGGAAGCUUUAGAACAAGAUAAUUUUCAUGAUGACCCACAUGCUGAUUUAGUAAUGAGCAAGAAAGUACCAAAAUUUCAGGAGACUUUAGAUAACAGAGGUGGUAGAAGAAAGAAGACUAGAUCAGCAGAAUAUUAUAAACAACGGUUUCGUAAGAGUUUUCCUCAGUUAGUAGAGGAAGAUCUUAACAUUAAUCCAAAUCCUCCUAAUUAUGCAUCUGCUCAAGCACAACCAUCUCGAUUCCCUGAACGACAGUUUUGUGCAGUUUGUGGUUUUCCUAGUAAUUAUACAUGUAUUCCUUGUGGAGCUAGAUAUUGUAGUAUGAAAUGCUUAGGUACUCAUCUUGACACGAGAUGUUUGAAAUGGACAGCUUAAA